GAAACAAUUCAAUCAAACACAGGUGAAAGCAGACAGGUGAUAAUUAGAGAUGCUAUGUACUUAUAAAAGGGUACGUAAGCGAUGAUUGUCUUGCGCACGAGACAUCCGAGCAGCAAGUCACGAGAGGGCAAGAGCUCCAGGAUGGCCCAAAGACCCCGACGUUUACCCGCCGCGGCCUUGGGUGCCCCGAUGCAAGCUGGUGUGCAAGGGGUGGCCGCAGGACAGGGAGGACCGGCUCCGCAGCAGGCCGUCCAGGCUGCUGGUCCUCAGCAGCUGCCUGCCCAGUUACAGGCCCCAGGGCAGGCGGCAGCGCAGCUACAGAUACCGGCGCCACACCAGGCCCCAGGGCAGGCUGCAGGUUUACAAGGAGUAGCAGCGGCGGCUGCGGGUUUGCAGCAACCAGCUCCAGUUCCGGCACCCCAAGCAGUGCAGGGAGCUCAACAGAUUGGACAACAACAAGGCCAAGCGGCACCUCAAGCACACGGAGUCAAUGCUCAACAGAUUGGACAACAACAAGGUGUUGGGGGAGUACCGGGCCAAGCUGCACAGCAGGCUGGAUUCAAUGCUCAACAGGGAGAUGGUGCGAUGUUCAUGCAGAGGCUACAGUUGCUGGAGCAAGCCCAUCACCAAGAUGCGGUAGCGGAUGCCCUGGACCAGGUCCUCGACCUGGCCAAAACCCCGUCUGAGCUGAACCGCGCACUCCUUAUUCCUGCGCUUCAACGGUUAGAGGAGAGGGCUAGGGUGUCUGGACAUGCCGAUCAUGCAAAGUAUUCGGCCACCCUCAGGCAUUCAACCAUGUAUGCCUCAAGCUCCAUUUUGGGAGAAAUGGUGUUACAAGCUUUAGGGUCAGAAAUAGAUGAAAGAAUAGGUGCAAAGUUCUCUAGGAUGUCUAACGCGGCGGAGAAGCGGGGUGCUCAGGAGCAGCAGGGAGGCCAUGUACAGCAGCAGGCGCCGGUACAGCAGGCGCACUUGGCUCCGUUCGCAGCUGUGCAGCAAGUACCCUACGUGCCCCUCCAGCAACCUGCUUUUGCGCCUCUCCAGCAACCUGCUUAUGCGCCUCUUCAGCAACCUCCUUACGCGCCUCUUCAGCAACCUCCUUACGCGCCUCUUCAGCAACCUCCGUACGCGCCUCUUCAGCAACCUCCUUACGCGCCUCUUCAGCAACCACCGUACUUUCCUCCUCAAGCUCCGUCUCCGUACAUGCAGCAGGCGCCAUACGGGCCCCCAGAGCAGCAGCAAGGGGGUGGUGUCUUUAACGGAAAAUGUUUUUUCUGCCGAGAAUGGGGCCAUUCCAGGGCUCGGUGCCCACUGCUGAGAGGGCGUAUGCCAGUUAAGGGAAACAGAGGCCGAAAGCCUAUGAUUUGAAUACAUGUUGCAUAACAGUGUGAUGGUUUCCUACACAUAGAGAGAUAUUCUCCAAUAUUGAAAGAAGUGGGCCAUGGGUAUAUUUUAUGUUGUGCUUCUUGAUUUUCAACAUGUUGGAUGAGAUUAUCCGUGGUUUACAGAUAUUAUAACGCUGACAUGUGUAUUUUGUUCCAUGCAUUGAGUGAAAUUCUCGGAUGAACCGAAACAAAAGGAAGCAAUAGCGCUGGCAUUUUGUAUGUUGUUUUUCAUGAUGUGCCGCAUAUUGAGGGAGAUUUGUUGGUGGUGAACUGGGAAAGGAAAGUAUCUUGGUGCUGGCAUUUUGUAUCUUGUUUUCUAU